AGUCUUCCUCACUCCAUGUUUACGGAAGACAGGUCAAGAAUUAUCCAUGGAUUCAAUGUACUCGACACACACGCCGUUAUAUUUAAAAAUUUGACGUUUAUAACUUGAGUUUAUUUAAUUUUUAGUCCCUUAUUGUGACUUGGUCCAGUUUUCAAAAUGUGGGACCAUGAAAUCAGAGCUAUGGCGUCCACUCACUGUAUCCUCGCCGCCUCGGUGUUCAUGGCGACCGUCCUACCUGCGGUGCUCGUGCCGGGCUUCUCGGUGUACGGGACUCACCUGCUGUGGAUCUACUGCGUGUCCGGGACGGUUGUAGCGGUCAGUGUCGCCGUCUUCUGGCUGCUCGGCAUCACACCGCCCACCAAGAAGCACACAGUGGGAUACAAGGUAUAAAUAAAUCAGAGAAAGUGAUUAAAACUGUGGAAAUAUUACUGUAGUGUUUCAAAUACAGGCGCAGAAAGAUUUGGGGCUGGUGUAUACUUAAGUGCAAGAAGCAUUUUAAUGCUGCAGCUGGUCUAGUUUUUAGUAGUUAUGACCUUUUGUGACCUUCUCAGAAUCUAGUUUAAAACUCUUGUCAUUUAAUGUCAAGUAUUGUAUCAUCAACCUCCAGCAUGUCUCAGAGAUGUGCUGAAACCAUGAAACUCUAGCAAUUGAGCGACAGAGAAUAGGGGAGAGUGGGGUAAGAUGAGCCAUUUUUCAUAUUUUGGAUCACUACAUUAAGGCAAUCAUAGUUUUGUCUCUAACUAGUGUAUCUGCAUGUAUUUCAAGAUGUUGUUCAUCCCUGCAAACCAACAGAAUGAGUGUAAACAUAACUGUCUUGAUAAUAUAGCAUGCCAAAAUAAAUGGUCUCCUAUGGUCAACUUACCCCGUGUAUGGGGUAAGUUGACAUAGGAGCGGGGGUAAGUUGAGCCGUAUCCCUACUAACCCCCACACUCUCCACCCCAGCCCUCCCUCACCUUCUCUCUCCCUAAAUAACAGUCACUUCUGCACAUUCAUGUGUAUUUUUAUCUAUCAUACACUAUUCAACAGGUACAAUAAUUCUUUUUAUUAUUAUUAUUGCAUAUAACUGCUAAAAAGCUGUUUUGUAAAAAGCCAUUUUAACAUGAGAAUGCCUUUAAGUGAUUCAGAACAUUCACAGCUGAAUUUUUGAGAAGAAAAAGUAAAACAUUUCAAUAAUCUGAACUAAAACUCUGAUCCUCUCAUCAGACUCCUUCACCCCAGAACUACUAUUAUGACUUUAUUAGUCCUGAACACAAUUCUAAUAAAAUUAGGACAGAGUAAAUUCAUUUUAAAGAGUGAAAAAUGUUUUUUUAUGAAAUUAAUGUCUAACACCUUCACCCAUGUCCUUCUAACCUUCACAGCCUCCAUGAAUUGAUGCCCACCUCCUAAAUAUUUGGUCACAUGAUCAAUUUCUUUGACCAUUUCCAAGCAACAGGGGGUGGCUCAACUUACCCCACUCUCCCCUAAUGUGAGACCAUAACAUAAUACAGUGGCUACCAUGGCCCAAUAAUGCAUUAAAUGUGUUAACUUAGGUGUAGACUAUCCAUCUUUAAGGAAUAUGGUCUGGAACUGAACCAUCAUUAUAUUAGAUUAGAUCAGAUUGGAUAGAACUUUAUUGAACUUUUGGAAAUGUUUCCUCGUUUAGUUUUUAAGAGUAUGAACAAACGUGUCCAGAAAAAUACGACUAUUACCCUACUCUCCCCUACUAGUAGUCUUUUAGAAAUCUCUUUUUUGCCUCUAAAUCUUAUCUUGUGAAGCACUUGUGACCUUGCUCUUGAAAAGUCGUAUAAAAGUAAAGUUACUUACAAUUGAGCGACAGAGAAUACUCACAAUGCAGUAUCAAGAGUGAAAGGUUUUACUGCAUUUGCAGAGUUGGGCAUAAUAUUUACAUUCAGUGAAGUAAUCUGAAUUGAUUUGAUUCAGUGUUUUGACAUAUGAUUAGCGAAUUCAGUUUGAGUGCCUUUUAAAGAAACUGAAAUGCCGAAAUAACGCUUUAAUUGCACAGCAGCUGCAAAUGUGAUCCAAUAAGGUGUAAUUUGUUGUGACCUUUGGUUUAAUUCAGCCAGCUACUUUUGCAAAACGAAUCUUUGUCAGUUCAAUUAGAUGUUAAAAUGCUCAUUUAAAAUUCAGAUUAUGUUGAAUUUGAAUCAAAAACAGAGACAAUUUAAACUUUCAGCCCUAAAAGCUAAUUUUUCUACUCUAAUUUGUUGUUGUUGGUUUAACUUCUGUGUCUCUCUGCAGCUGUCCAGGUUGUUUCGUUCCUGCCUGUACUUCCUUCUGUCGUGCAUAUUCUUCCACACUGUGGUGGUUCUCUAUGGAGCUCCACUAAUCGAGUGAGUAGAUGCUGACAUUGAUGUUCUAGAGGAGAAUACAGUAACCUCCUACUCACAAAGGUAAAAAAUGCACAUUUACGAUACUCUACUCUGAGCCUCUGGUGUCUCUUUUGUGUUUCAGUUCAGCCUUGGAGACAUUCUCCUUUGCUGUGUUGCUGACCUCUCUGACCACUCUGAGGUGUCUCUGCGUCCUCGGCCCUAACGUCCAAGCCUGGAUACGAGUAUUCAGCCGGCAUGGGUAAUCCUCGCUUUCCUUCUUUUUAAUCUUCUUGUUGUGUCUCAUUUCAUCUUGAACAUACGUUAUAACUAUCCUUAUUUUGGUACAUCUUCCUCUCCAGAGCCAUGUCUGUGUGGGACACCUGUCUACAGAUCACUGUGGCCUGCACACUGGUAGGAGCAUGGAUCGGAGCGUUUCCGUUACCUCUGGACUGGGACAGGCCCUGGCAGGUCGGCACACAUUGAAAACCCCCCUCACAAUGUGUCGUAGAAUGAUUUUUGCACCAUGUUUUGAUUAUCAGCCUUAAUCCUGAACUUAAUUUUGCCCUCUCAGCUUUAAAACGCCAUAUUCAAUCAGAUUAAUUCAUUAAAAUAUCAGAUUAGCUUUAGAACAAGAACUAAUCUGCUCCAACAAGUAGUUUUUGCUUGAUUUAAAAAUUUUCUUGAUGAUGAAUUCAUGUAAAGUUGCACCUCUUUUGGCCUCAAAGACAACACGUCAAACAUAUCGAGUUUCUGCACAACAUUUAACAAUAAUAGAGGCAUUCCUCUGCAAUAUUUUACCAUCAUCAUCUGGCUUUCCCUUCCCUGGCACACAGUUUUUUCCUCCUCUGUUUCUUUAAUAAGGAGAAACAAGUUGUUUCCAUUCAUCAUUAUAAAGAAUUAUGCCCAUCCUCUACAAGUAUGAAAUCAUUACUCAGUAUAUUAACCGCUUUUUGCAGACAAAAAAAGAUAAAACAAUAGUUACUCUGUGAAAAUCCGAAGUGGAGACAUGAAGACUCACAUGGGAUUGGUCUGUCUUGUCGUGAUCUGUCUGCGUGAUGUUAAGGUCAGCCUCACCUGUCUGUCCUCUCGUAGGUUUGGCCCGUCUCCUGCAGUCUGGGUGCAAUGAUUGGUUUCCUGACCGGGCUUGUCGCAGCUCCUGCGUGGAUCCACUAUCACCGCAAACAGCUCACAUACAAGUGCAAGUGACAGAGAGGUGUACGGUGUGUUUGUGUGAAUGUGACCAUGAGGAUGUGUCCCGUAGCCCUGCAGUUUUUUCCUUUGACAUGUUCUGAUUAUUUAUUGGGAACUCUCACUUUGUUUGCUACCUUUAGGAAAGAAGAUUUUUUAAACAAGACUUACAUAUGAGCAAUAUUAUUUUUUACACAAGAAGGCUGAAUAUGUUCCUGAAGACUUUUGACAUGAAUAAAUCAAAACUUCUCAUUUUA